AUGGCUGCGAACCCCGCGCUUGUGCGGUUACUGCACGGCGCAGCAUCGCCACUGCCUUUCGAGGGCGAGAGGCUCCUCAUGUAUCGCACAGGGGUGGAGCUGAAAGUCGACUCUGUGCGCACGCGCUCGGGGACGUGGCAGGCCAGCGGCGCAGUGUUCCUCUCGGACAUCCGCCUGGUCUUCAUCGCCGACCGCGAGGAUCCCUCCGGCCUCUGCGCGUUCGACCUCCCGCUGGCCUACAUCCACGCCGACACCUUCGAGCAGCCUAUAUUCGGCGCGAACCACAUCAAGGGCCGCUGCUGGCCCGCCGUGGACGGCGGAGGGCCCGGGGGCACGCUGCCGCCGCACGACUUCAAGCUGUGGCUCAAGAACGGCGGCUGCGGGACGCUGCUGCCGCUCUACCUGAGGGCGGUGCGCGAGGCGCGGGAAGCGAUGGCGCGGCAGCGCCAGGCGGAUGAGAAUGCGCGGCAGUGGGGAGGCACUCCGGGCGUGUGGGACGAGAGCUUGCGCGUGGCGUUCGUGGACCCGUCGGACCCCUCGAAGGUGUUCGUGUCGGCUCCGCCGCUGGACCCGUCGGCGCCGCCGCUGCGCGCGGCGCCCAAGUACGAGGAGAAGUACGCGGCGAACUACGGCGAGGACGAGGUGUACGAGCCCAUGCACUCGCGGGAAAGCUCUCCGCGGUAG